UCGGCUAUUGGCGCACGGCACGUGUAUCACAAUGGCAGAGACGGGAGAGAAACUCAGCAAAAAGCAACUCGACUUUGCUCCACUUCAACAACAUUGAUUUACCAGCCCCAUCAUCUGAGACACGGUGACACGAUGCAGAGCCUGUCAUCACUGCUCCGACUAGCCUCAUGGCAGUUUGUGUCUGUCCAGCGGGUGUCAUCUCGCCUCGCCUCGUCCCCUCUCUGUGCUGCAUCCAUGUUGAGGUCCUGUAGUCGUCGGAGCCCUUGUCUUCACGUCCAGCCUCGUACCAUCUCAACUACACCUUCUUUACUACACAAAUCACGUGAGCUGAAGAGGCGGUUGAAGGCAGAAAAGAAGGCUGCAGAGAAAGCAGAAAAACAGGCCGUGGUGUCGGCAGCGGAAUCAGUCCAGAAACCUACUGCUGAUAAGAAACAGGAUGAUGAAGACAUUGACCCAAAUGAGUACUUCCGUCUGCGGUCCCGGGCAAUAGCUCAGUUGAAGGAGCACAAGGACCCGAAGGAGCAGCCCUACCCCCACAAGUACCACGUGGAGAUCUCCCUGACCGAGUUCAUCGCUCGGUACAAUGGCGUGGCUGAUGGCGAGAUCCUUGAUGACAUCGUCUCAGUUGCAGGUCGUAUACACGCGAAGAGGUUGUCGGGGGCCAAGUUGAUCUUCUAUGAUCUGCGAGGUGAAGAUGUCAAGAUCCAGGUCAUGGCUAACGCCAAGCACUACAGACCCGAGGAAGCCUUCGAGUCAGUCAUGGACAAGGUAAAGCGAGGGGACAUCAUCGGUGUCCGCGGCAGACCAGGGAAGACGAAGAAGGGUGAGCUGAGCAUCGUGCCCUCAGAGAUCACCUUAUUGUCGCCCUGUCUACACCAACUGCCUCAUCUCUACUACGGGGUCAAGGAUAAGGAAACAAGAUUUAGACAGCGAUAUCUGGACUUGAUUAUUAAUGAGCCUGUCAGAAGAAAGUUUGUCACUCGAGCCAAGAUUAUCAACUAUGUACGCAAAUUCCUGGAUGAAUUAGGAUUUCUUGAGGUGGAGACGCCGAUGAUGAAUAUGAUCCCAGGGGGCGCCACUGCCAAGCCUUUCAUCACCCACCACAAUGAUCUGAAACUGGACCUGUACAUGAGGGUGGCGCCGGAGUUGUACCUCAAGAUGUUGGUUGUGGGAGGCCUUGACCGAGUGUACGAGAUUGGCAAGCAGUUCCGUAACGAGGGUAUUGACAUGACGCACAACCCCGAGUUCACCACGUGUGAGUUCUACAUGGCGUACGCCGACUACCAGGAUCUCAUGAAGCUCACCGAGUCCAUGGUCUCAGGUAUGGUGAAGUACCUGUACGGGGGUUACAAGGUGACGUUCCACCCCGAUGGACCAGACGGAGAGGGGGUCGAGAUAGAUUUCACGCCGCCGUUCCGACGCAUCAGUCUGUGCGAGGAGCUAGAGAAGAUCCUGAAGGUGAAGUUCCCAGACCCAACAACGUUCGCCACAGAGGGAGCCCGCAAGUUCUUUGAUGAUCUGUGUCGUAAGCAAGAGGUGGAAUGUGCCUCCCCCCGGACACUCAGUCGACUGCUGGACAAGCUGGUGGGUGAAUAUUUAGAGGAGAACAUCAUCAACCCAGCAUUCAUCACCGAACACCCUCAGGUCAUGAGCCCGCUGGCUAAAUGGCAUCGAUCCAAGCCAGGUUUGACGGAACGGUUUGAGCUGUUUGUCAUGAAGAAGGAGGUUGCUAAUGCCUACACCGAGUUGAACGACCCUGUAGUCCAGAGAGAUAGGUUUCAGCAGCAGGCCAAGGACAAGGCAGCUGGGGAUGAUGAAGCCAUGUUUGUGGACGAGAACUUCUGUACAGCAUUAGAGUACGGCCUCCCCCCCACAGCAGGAUGGGGCAUGGGGAUAGACCGACUUGCCAUGUUCCUCACCGACUCCAACAACAUCAAGGAAGUGCUCCUGUUCCCAGCAAUGAAACCAGAAGACAACAACCCGAAGCCGGAAGACGCAGCAGACGCCGCCCCGAAGGAAACAUCUUAACAUCAGCUCCACACAUCGUGUACAUGUGUCUGUGUGUCUACAUACCUCCUCCAGAAACCAUUGUUGCAGCCAUUGUUAUUCUUCAUUGUUGCGGCUCAGUUUCAGUCCUGAUGUCCACUUAUGUAGCAUCAAUAGAUAGACUUCUAGAUUCCAGGGUAGGGUGGAAGUGCCCAUGUCACUUAUCAGAAGAAUCAAGGCUUGUAGAUUCCAGGGUUAAGGUGUCCAGGGAUUAUGAAAUUCUUAAUGGAUUGUAUAGAUGUGUGUCAGUUCUAUCGCGAUAUUUCAUUUGGAGUCAAUGUGCAAUAUUGUAUCUCUGGGAAAGGGGGUUGAAUGAUUUCCUGUGACCUUAAGUCCCUUAUUCUUUCUUCCAAUUGACAAAAAAUAAAUAGAGGAUAUUAUAUUAUGUUUAUGUCAUACUCUGUUUACGACACGAGUGUCUAAAUUCCGGUUCUUAGGCACGAGUGUCGUAAACAUAGUAUGACAUGAAGACUCCUAUAAUGUUCUAUUUAUUACCGAAGAUGUCUACAUACAGAGAAUUUUAGUGUUUACCUAAGGACAGCAAGUCGCAACAGCAGCGGAACCACAAUUUGUCGAUUGACGUCAUCAAUCUUCAGCUAUGAUGUCGUUUCUAGCGUGACAUCAUCCGACCUCACGUCACUAUAAGAAUCGAAUGACGUCAACAAUGACGUCCAGAUGAAGGAAAUAUAACACUGUUGUCUCAUUACGUGAUAUGACCCUAGGGCACAUAUGAUUAUUAUGAACCCUGAUAUUUGUAGUAAUAAUAUACAGUAAGACCUUGUUGACUUUGAAAUAUUGUUAAGACAAUGUUAGUUUGUGAUCCACGCGGAAUCCAUUUUUCCACCAUGGUCUUAUAUUGACACCAUAGUCAAAUGUUGACACUGGUUGAAUAUUGACGAUAUAGAAACUAUGAUCUGAUGUCGACACUACGGACGCUCUUUUCAUAAUCAGUUGUGCAAGUUUCCUGUUAAUUGUAAUAUAUUCCAUACAACUACUUACAUCACCAUCAUGACAUACCUGUACUAUACUACUCAAAACAAGUUAAGGAACACUGCUAAUUGGAAGUCUGUGUGUUGCAAUACCCACCAACCAUGACAGAUUAACUUGUCAUGAGAAAAACUGUGAUUUCUUAUUUCUUUUGAGUAGUAUAUAUUGUGUCAAGAAGUUUGGAGAGGUUAAUAUAAUUUAUUCAUCAAUAUGUGUAAACUGUAUUACAGAUGUAGGAUUUUAUUACUUUCAAGACCACAGAUAAUUGAUACUGGUCAAUGCAAGUUGUAUUUGCAUUGCCAGCGUAUUGGUACAGACUCGUGAAGAUCAACAUGUCAUGUUUCUGUACAGUUGUGGCCAUGAUUCUUGUCAAUGAAAAAAAUAUUUCUGGAAGUGGACUGUAAAAUAAAUUGUGAAUAAUUUAUUAGGAAUAUAAACUCUUUGACCAAU